UCUCCUUUACCCACACUCAAAUUCUUGGACAGGAGCUAUCCACAUCUGCCUGGAGAAAGAGAUCCGUAUACUGAGGAGUAAGGGAAGAGCCCCCACCCCACUUAACAUUGCCAGCCAUUCAUACGUUUAUGGACUAGUCUUAUUUUUAGAGCACUGCCAGCUCCUGCCCAGCCCUCCGCGACAUCCCAUGCAGGGACAGAGGAUGUUUGCUUCCUGCCCAAGAUCCCUGUCCUCAGGCACCACCACAAGGGCAAGACAUGCUGUAUCUGAUCGAAGCAGCCUCCAGCCAGGGCUGCCACUUGCGCAGACCAUGGUGUGGUGGUUUUGAGCUGGGGAAGUGAUGGGGCUAGGCCUGGGAGAGACCUUUACCCAGGCUUCCUGAGCAGCUGGCCUGACGCUUCUCAGAUAAGUUUCUCUUGCACAGGUCCGGCAACAAAGGUUCAGAGCUCUGGGGUUGACUGCCUUCUUCAGUGGGACAUAAAGCCAGGCAGUCGCUGUCUGCUGCCUCAGGAGUCCAGGCCACUGGUAUAUCCAAGUGUCCAAUGUUCUGUCAGCCCCAGCUUUACAGGGGCAUGACUUUGACUUAGGUCUGAUGCUGGAUGUACCUCCCAGUAGGAUGGCAGUCCCUCUGUGCUUGGGGAGGCCACUUCUUGUCUUAUUCCUGCUCACUUUCUUGCCUAUGCUGAACUGUGUCCUCAUCACAGAUGAAGAGGCUACUCUACUGGCCAAAGCAGCUCAGGACAUCUUCUGCUUUUCUCGAAACUUUGAGGAUCUCACUUGUUUCUGGGAUGAGCCAGCACACGUGGACAGGGCAUAUAACUUCUUCUAUACGUACAAAGGAGACGGAAGACAAGAAUGUGCUCUGAUCUCAGUGAAACACAAUGACGGAGGCUGGCGCCAUGUCUGCAUCUUCCCCAGUAGCUGUGUUCAGCUCUUCACAGAACUCCGCGUUGAGGUGUUUGACAUCAUUAGCAAACGUAUCACACUCUCCCAGAAUCUCUCAGUGGACACCGUUGGUCUCAUUGCUCCACCAGUGAAUGUCACAGUUGAGUGGCCUGGGGUAGCACGACAUUUGCGCGUGAUCUGGAUUCCCCCGUCCAUCAGCUAUGUAGACUUCUUGACCUAUGAGGUUCUUUAUGGUGCAGAAGGGUCCACAGAACCACCAUCCAGGAUUGAAGUGAAGAACAGUGACAUAUGCCACCUUACAGAUCUGCUCCCUGGGCAGUGCUACCACAUCCAAGUGCGCACCAAGCCUGAUGGCCUCUCUCUUGAUGGGAUCUGGGGACCGUGGUCUCCAGUAGUGUUAGCAGAGACACCCCAUCUCCCAGAGGAAAUUGGCCUGCACUGCUUCACUUCUGACCUGCGCCAAGUGCACUGCCGUUGGGAGUGGGAGCCCACAAAGCCUGGACCCUCUCACAGCCUCUUGUACUGGGCAGAACAGGACAGCAGCGGUUCAAGAAUGCAAACCUGGCAGAUGUGUGAGGAGAAAGAAGAGGGAACUGAGCCCCACUAUUACUGCCAUUCCUGCAGCUUCCAGCCCAGUAACGCUAGUUACAUCUCUGUCCUGGUGAUUGUCAGCCAGGGACAGCAAAAGUACAAUUACUUCAAAGAGCCAUUUGAAUUGCACCAUGUCGUGCUUACUGCUCCACCAAGGAUCCUGCAAGUCACUGCAGACAGAGAUAUGCUAAAGCUGGAGUGGGCCCCACCCCUGGAAGAGUUAGCUGAACAUCUGGUGUAUCAGAUACAGUAUGCAGUGCGAGACACCUUGAAAUGGAAGACCCUGCAGGUGCAGUAUUCAAACAACAGUGAAAUUCAUCUAGCAACUGAGGGUUACUACUGUUUUCAGCUGCGUGCUCAGCCAGAUGGACAGAAAUUCCAAGGGAACUGGAGUGUGUGGUCAGAAUCUGUGUGUACUGACGUCCCACCUGAUGCAGGUUCAACCAUCUUAAAUGUGACAGCAACUCUGUUGCUCUGUGCAGGACUUGUGCUAGGGCUGGUCUGCACCUGCCUUUCCAUUUACAGCAGUGUGAAACAAAAGCUCUGGCCCCCCAUUCCAGACUUUCACCACGUCCUGGAUGGAUUCCUUGAGGAUAACAGCAAACAGCAGGUGAAUGCUUUCUUCUGCAACAAAACUUUGGAGGAUACACCUUUGACUUCCCUGUUGGAAGUCCUGUCUGAGAUACCCCUGGAAACACCUAGCAAUGGUCCUCUCCUUAAUAGUACUCCACUGCAGCAGGUGGAAUGGGACACCCAGCCUUCUUCCCACCCCAUGGGGCUGAGUCCUAGCACUCCCCAAGGGAAUCAUUAUGAAAACGAGUAUUUUGGUGGUACUGAUGAUGGGCAUGGCACCAUCCCAUUGCCUUUGGAACAUGAUCUACACAUAAGUUAUGAACCGAAGGUUGAGCGAAGGCCCUUCAUCUUAUUUAGCACAUCACUUCUCGCUCCUGAGACAAAAGAGGAAAGAAGAUGGGAAACUUCUGGGGACCCAUCCACAUCUGCCACACACAUAUCUAACCAGUCUUAUCUGCUGAUGGGCUGACUAUACAUGUUCAUUAGAGGGCAGCAGCAAGGGAGAUGAUUUGGUCUUGUGGAUUUUUGCAGCAGAUAACAAGAUAUUCUGAGCUGCUGCAGGGGAGCUAUUUUGCUAACUAUUCCUGCACCUUGAAUCUAUUUUCCAUGGACCCACUGUCCUUAGCAGCUGAUUUUACUAGACUGAAAGAUGGGAGUAAAAACUGAAUGGGAUAUAUGCCCACAUGGCAACUGGUAACCAAGGUCUAUCGUAGAUCUCCAAAUGCAGCACAGUUCCUAAGAAAUUGUACCCUAUUGUUUUACCCGCUCCAUUAGGCUUUAUUUAUAUCUUGAGAGCCAGACACACCUGCAAAAAGCCCCUUAAGACUUUUCACACCAUGAAGUAGAGUGAUUUGGCAGUUGUACUGGGGUGUUUUCAGGGAGGCAUGAUAAGAAAGCCAAUCACACCAAUAAAUCAGGAGCAUAAGAAUACAUGCAGCUUGUGAAUGUGGCUAUAAGAAUCACUCCAUGUUGAGGUGGGCCACAUUGUAAAGAUCAAUUCACUCCACUCCACCUUUCACCUCAUUUUAAAUCACACUAACCAUAAUUGCCUCCUACAUUUGAGGAAUCACUAUAAUUACUGGCAUUGUCAGAGGAUAUUAGGGCCUAGCUUCUACAAUCAUAAUGCUGAGUAGCGCAGCUUCUGUGAAAGCACACUCACUGUGGUCCAGGGGCCACCAGUCUGGUGUCCAUGGCAGUACAUAUGCCCACAAAAGCCUUCCCUGGUAUCCAUAAGCACACCUCCUCCCCCCGGCUAGAAUAAGGCUUGAAAUAAUUAUGUUAUAGCCAAUAGAGUAAGCUGUGAUGUGUGGUUGGUCACAGUGUGUGUUUGUUGCCCAUGAUAGUUUGGUUGGUGACCCCUGGUCUACUCAAAUGAACAAUUGUCUCUCCAGGAUUCAAUUCAGAGAAAACUGGGUCUGUGGGUGUAGAACAGAAUCUGGGCAGAGCCAGUGUGGUGUAGUGGUUAAGGUGUUUGAGUACAACCUGGGAGACCAGGGUUCGAACCACCACACAGCCACUGAGUGACCUUGGGCCAGUCACUGCCUCUCAGAGGAAGGCAAUGGUAAACCACCUCUGAAUACAGCUUACCAUUUCAUGCACAGCAGUGAUUGGCUAACACUAGUCACAAAGACACCUCCUCCCAUUCCUGUAGUGAUUUUACAAAAUUGAUCUUGCUUUAAAAAAUGAAAUCUAGAUGAUGAAUAAAUGUAUAUGUGGAAUGAAAAAUGAAACAAAGCCCCAAAGUCCACAUGAGGAGGACAAGAUCUGAAUCAGUAUGACCUGAAUCAGUGUUCAGAUUGUUGAUAUGUACACCUAUCUUUUACCUAUUGAAGGUGGGAGGAAGACAGGAGCUCCACAUGGGAGAAAAAAAACAGGGCAACUGCCAUUUUCCCAUGUGUUCGCAUCCAGUAUUUCAAUCCAGGUGCCAGCUAGAAAAUGGUGCUAUGCAGAGUAUAAUGAAGUGAUUUAGAGUCAGGGAAGAGGAAUCUGAAGCAGUGUAGCGUACACCAAUAACAUCUAACAUUUUUAUCUGUGUGACCCAUAUUUAGAGAUGCAUGUAACCUUGUGGGUAGUAUCAACUAGGUUUUUGCUUAGCGUAAACCUAUUGAAUUUAAUGGUUAUGACUAACUUAGGUCCAUUAAUUUGAAUGGGUCUGCUCUGAGUAAAUGCUAGCAGAAUUCAACACUGUGAUUCCAGACAUUACUUAGAAGAAUGCAAACUACAGCCAGUAUAACUAAAAUAACAAAUGUAGGUAAGCAUUGCAAAUCUCCUCUUAUCCCAGAAAUACUGUUUUUGCAAAAUGUUUACAGGAUUAAGGGAGGGAGUGGGAAUAGACAAGAGAGAAAAGCCACAGAUGUACAUAAGAAAUGGAGAGUGUUUUGCAAGAGUAUUCAGGAUGGGAUGGUAAAUUAAAAGUAACACAUAGGGCUUCCCAAAGGGACCAGUUUCUCAUAUACCUAUUAAAAUGUGAGGACACUCUGCCUUCAAAACACUUGCUGUAUAUAUCACUUAUUCAUUGCUCUUCCUUGUAUAUUGUUUCAUGCCAUCUAUGUUAAUGAUUAAGCUAUUGAUCAAGAAUAAAGAUCCACUAGCUUGAA